CCCCCCCUGCCGCAAAGAACCCUAUUCUUUUCCGAUGACCCCCACCAAUCAAAACACUCAGAGGACUGUGGGUAUAAGAGGCUGGGGAGGCAAGCAUAGCAACCAGAGCUGGAGACUGAUGUGAACUUGAUCUCUCUCCCCAGAAAAGGCUCAACAUCAACUAUAUAGCCAACAUGUCCAAGGUGUUUAAGAAGACCAGCUCCAAUGGGAAGCUCUCCAUCUACCUGGGGAAACGGGACUUCGUGGACCAUGUGGACACAGUGGAACCCAUUGAUGGUGUAGUCCUGGUUGAUCCCGAGUACUUAGAAGGUCGAAAGUUGUUUGUCAUGUUGACAUGUGCCUUUCGCUAUGGCCGUGAUGACUUGGAUGUGAUUGGUCUGACAUUCCGGAAAGAUCUGUAUGUGCAGACCCUGCAAGUGGUCCCAGCUGAAUCCACCAGCACUCAGGGGCCCCUCACAGUCCUACAGGAGCGAUUGCUGCACAAGCUAGGGGACAAUGCCUACCCCUUUACCCUGCAGAUGGUGACCAACCUGCCCUGUUCUGUGACACUACAGCCAGGUCCAGAAGAUUCAGGCAAGCCCUGUGGGAUUGACUUUGAGGUGAAGAGUUUCUGUGCUGAAAACCCGGAGGAGACAGUGUCCAAGAGAGACUAUGUGCGACUGGUUGUCCGGAAAGUACAAUUUGCACCACCGGAGGCAGGCCCUGGCCCCUCAGCCCAGACCGUCCGCCGCUUUCUUCUAUCAGCUCAGCCCCUACAACUCCAGGCCUGGAUGGACAGGGAGGUUCACUACCACGGAGAACCCAUCUCCGUCAAUGUUUCUAUCAACAACUCCACCAACAAGGUCAUCAAAAGAAUCAAGAUUUCCGUCGACCAGGUCACUGAUGUUGUCCUGUAUUCACUAGACAAGUACUCCAAGACUGUGUUCAUUCAGGAAUUCACGGAGACUGUAGCUGCUAAUUCCAACUUCUCCCAGAGCUUUGCAGUAACCCCAAUCCUGGCUGCCAGCUGCCAGAAACGGGGCCUGGCACUGGAUGGGAAACUCAAGCAUGAGGAUACCAACCUGGCCUCUAGCACGAUUAUUAGACCAGGAAUGGACAAAGAGCUGCUGGGGAUCCUGGUGUCCUACAAAGUCAGAGUCAACCUGAUGGUGUCCUGUGGCGGCAUCCUAGGAGACCUGACGGCCAGCGAUGUUGGUGUGGAGCUACCCUUGGUCCUGAUCCACCCGAAGCCAUCUCAUGAGGCCGCUAGCUCUGAGGACAUAGUCAUCGAGGAGUUCACGCGGAAAGGCGAGGAGGAGAGCCAGAAGGCUGUGGAGGCGGAGGGAGACGAGGGGAGCUGAGCACCUUGCUCUGGUGCCCGUCUGUGUGGGAGCCCCCACUGUAACACUCUAAUAAAUCAGCUUGUUCAGAUGUG